AUGAGUGGAAUCUUAAAAAGCUGGAUUCGUGGGAAAUUGAGGGACUCGUUGGCAUCUAUAUUGGAGAAUCCUAUGCAUCUUGGACAGCAUCAUCGUGUUCAGGUUGUCAGGUUUCUUACUUAUAAAAACCCGGUUUUUGCAGAGGUUUCUGACAUGGAAACCGUUAUUUUUUGCGAAUUUACUAAGGAUUGUGUUGAAGCAUAUCAAAAUGAAUUUGGGAAGCGUUUUACGCAGAUUAGGGGUGCAUAUUUAACAUUGAAGAAUAUGUCGCUUGAGGUUUAUGAGGAGAGUAAUUUUAAAAUAUUAGCAAAACUUAUUGUUCGACAAAUUCAAUUUCUGGGAGGGGAUGGAGAGGCAAUUGUUGGACAUCCAGUGUUUUUUGAUGAAUAUCCAGAAAUACGCACAUUAUUGUAUUCUAUACAUAUUAAAAAACUUAUUUGGCCACAAUCAUUGAUUAAAGAACAAGAAGAGGUUGACAAGCCACCUGAGAUUAAACUAUUAAAUGAGUCUGUUGAAACAUUUACAAAAAAGAAUAAAAAACGUAUAUUUUUUUCAACACCUCUUUCAAAUAAUCAAGGAGAUUUGUCUAAAAAAAAACAGAAAAGAUUUUUACAUCCGGGAUGGCGGGGAUUUUUUGAAGUCACAUAUCAAGAUUGUAUUAUUAGUGAUGACCAAAGAAAAAUAUUGGAACGAGACGAAGCAUGGUACCCACCGAUUAGUAUGCCUCAUGAAAUUGUAAUCCCUGAAAAUACCGCUCAUAAUGAAUCAAAAGAUGAUUUUGGAGAUAUUCUUCCUUUGAAUGGUCCUAUGAUAGAUAAGUUAAGUUCUCCAUCUGGAAGUCCAUUUUCGUGGGAAGAAUCACCUACGUUAAACCAAAGCUCUACAUCCAUUUCUGAAAUAAAGGAAAUGCAAAAUGAAUCGUCUUUUUUUAUUGACAAAGAAAGAUUUUUUAGUGAUAAUGAUACACUUCCUCCAUCAAGUCCAUCAAUUACUUCAUAUAGUCCUUUGCUACAAACAUCCAUGUGA